UUGGGUGUGCUGAAGACAAUGGUUCAGUGCUCUUAAUGUAAGUGCAAAAAAGAACCUCAACACUCUGAAGCAGAAGGACGUGUAGUUGGUGAUACAACCACGUUGAGAUGCUCAUGACUCCACAGGGACACUCAUGCAGCUUUUAUUGGGUUUUUGCCUGGAACGUACUAACUUUUAGACUAUGACUAGAACCUCCGUUUUGGCCGACGCUCUCAACGCCAUCAACAACGCUGAAAAGACUGGAAAGAGACAGGUUCUUAUCAGACCUUCUUCUAAAGUCAUCAUCAAGUUCCUCCAGGUUAUGCAAAAGCAUGGUUACAUCGGAGAAUUCGAGUACAUUGAUGACCAUAGAUCGGGAAAAAUAGUUAUUCAACUGAAUGGUAGAUUGAACAAAUGUGGCGUUAUCAGCCCAAGAUACAACGUGAAGAUCAACGACAUUGAAAAAUGGACUGACAACUUGCUUCCAGCUAGACAGUUCGGUUAUGUCAUUCUCACAACUUCCGCUGGUAUUAUGGACCACGACGAAGCCAAGAGAAAACAUGUUGCUGGUAAGAUUUUGGGUUUCGUGUACUAGGUUAAAUAGCUUUUGUACGUAUAGUACCUUCGAAUUUGUGAUCGUUAUGUAACAAUAUU